AUCUGUAGACAGAAUAAAAAGAAGAUGGUAGUGUAAUGGUGCAGAGUGCAAAGGAUGCUGAAAUAAAUAUGGUUUAUAUAUCAGAUUAUAUUAUGUACAUGAGGUAGGUGGGUAUGACAGUAUGUAAAGCACGAGUAGCAUGAGUAUGAGUGAUUAUGUUUACAUGAUGAGUGUAAACAGAAAUUACUGUAAAACGUCAGUACAAUACAAAUAUACUUAAUUUUCGUAAACGCUGCCCAGAGGAGUAGCUCUGUACUCUUGGCUCACAUGUGGUGAUUUUCCAUAUGACGUCGAUCACAUUGUUGAGGAUGCUGGGAAAUGUGGUCAGUAAAGCCCCCGCCCCCGUUCCUCUGUUUCCACGCGACCGCACGUCCCUCGUGCGGUUUUACGUCUUAUUUCCAAACCCUUUGAAGUGCAUCAACACUCAGGUGGAAAAGACAACCCGGGAACCUGAAACUAAAUCAAACGGAAACAUUCAGACAGUCAUCCAUAAAGGGCGAAGAUGAAGCUGAAUUCUUUGACUCUGCUGUGUCUGUCACUUCUUUUGUUUUAUAUCCAUUUUUCACUGGCCAGGAAAAUAGGAGGUUUUGGAAAAAACUUUGGUUCAAAGAAGCCCUUCACACCCAACAAAGGCAGCACUAACACCAAUACAGGCCACAAAAAUAGUCAUGGCACCAGCUAUCAAGGUGGCGGUUAUGGUCAUGGUGGUCAAGGUGGUCACAGAGGUCAAGGCAGUUACGGGGGUCAUGGCGGUUAUGGAGGUCAUGGCGGUUAUGGAGGUCAUGCCGGUUAUGGAGGUCAUGGCGGUUACAGAGGUUAUCCAGGUGGAUACAUCAACAAAAAUCCAAACAACCAAAUCCUGAGUCCUCACUAUGGGGGCAGUUAUGGAUAUGGUGGCCAUGGUUUGGGAGGUGGUUCUCCCUUUUCCCGCUCAGCUCAGGCAAGGGGGUGGGUUCCCUCUGAUAAAUCCAGAGGGUUUGGGCGCAGUGCGGCAAUGGCAGCAGCUGGAGGGGCUGUGGCAGGAAUGGCCCUGGGUUACGGGUUAGGAACGUUCCCCCGUCCUCACUUUGAGUUCCACAGCCCCCAGGAGGAGUAUUACUACAACCACUACAUGUACAGGAAAUAUGGUGUCAAGUCUACUGAUACAAAUGACUACAGCAGAGACUACAAUUACAGCCCACCGCCUCAAACUUAUGAUAGCUUCAUGGACUCGUGUGUGAAGAGAAAAGACCUAUUGCCUGAGGAGAUUCGACAGCCAAACAAGAAACCAUCUGCCACCACCACAACUACUGCUGCCCCAGACGCUGGCAUGGACAACAACACAACAAAGAGCAACAACACUGCAGGAGAUGAUUCCUCGACUCCUGCUCCUUCAACUCGUCCUUUAAAUCAGCCUAAAGCCGAUCCCGUGCCUCCAACUUCACAGGUUCUCCAGAAAACUGCUACUGAUGAUGAUGAUGAUGAUACAGUCAGCAUUGUGGAGAUUGGCUACCCAGCACUGAUCAAACAGCUGAAGGUCAGGAGAUGCUUGGAGUUGUUCAUGGUUUACUCUGAAAAGCACUCGAGGAGUGUGACAGGUGGUGUGCAGGGACUGGAGAUGGGCUUGCUGGGGCUUUUAGCUGUGGUCACUAGUACUAUAGUAAUGCUACUAAAUAGCAAUAUGCUAAUGCUGCUGCAGUGAGGCCUUGAUUAGCAGAUGUAGUGAUGAAGAAUGUCUUAAAAGAAUAAAUGGAAAAUUGAAAAUGAUUGUGUAAAAUUGCAUGUCAAUUUUGAAAAAGGGUCACUUCAGUAUUGUUUGACCUUAUUUCCUCUGUGCUUUGUAUCAGAGUGACUAAUGGGGACAACGAUUUUUGAAUUUUCCCCAAUCUUGUGCGUAAAUUCUGCAGCUGGUGGCUGUGGAACGCUACAAGGUCUUCCCACGUUUCACAAAAUGUGAGAAUUUGCUGAUUUGAUCUAUUUUGUAGAUUAAAUGUUUCAUGGAUUUUAUACUUGGUUAAAACCAUUGUGGUAAUUUGAAUAUGUCUAUGGAGCCCAGAAAGUGAGUAAUUGCAAGAAAAGAUUAUCAGACAAGUCCAAAAUAUGCCUAAAAACAUUAAUUAAUAUUGUUAAAAAAAUUUCUUUUGAUCUGAUAAGAUGGUAAAAGUAACUUUACCUUUACCACCAACUAGUACAUUUAUUUAACUCUUUUCUUUUAAACUAUUAAGUCUUAUAUAGACUAUAGCACAUUAAUAAAUUAUCCACUUCCCCCACACAACAUUUCUCAUUUUCCUCUUCACAUUUCAUCAGACUGUGUUAUUAAAUUUACAAAAUGUUUUCCCCAUUAGUCACUUUGACACAAAAAUAGUGAUUCACAACUGUCAAUUAAUACUAGACUUGACCAUGUCUAAUAUUCUCACUUUACAGAUAUCAUUGCUUUAUACUGAGAGGCUUUACACUAGCAAGUCAAACAUGACUGACUGUGUGCAAGCUGUUAUUCUAACACUUAAAUUACUUACUUAUAAUCCAUCAAAGACGAGUGCGUUCUGUCUGAAUGUUUAUGUAUGUUGUCCUAACAUGUUUCUGUGUGCCACAGCUUUGUACAGCUUGUUGUAUAGUUUCUUAGAUUUUUUUAUAAACACGCCUCGUGCCUUGCAUUUCUUCCUCCUGUCCAGUGUUUUGCCUCUCUCUCUCUCUGUCUCUCUCUCUCUCUGUCUCUUCCUCAUUGGGUAGCCUGUGACCGUGAAAAGUGCUCUUAAAGUAUUACACCCCUGAUAUUCACAUUAAUCUCCAAAACCUACUGAAUGUCAUCUUGCAUAAUUAGUUGAGUUCAUUGCUGCUAACCCUGCAAGUACAAUGUAUUGGAUAUGAUUUGUACACUAAUUUUUCUUAUCGCAGAAGCUGAUAGUGGAAAUAAAAAUAAUUUAAAUGUCA